AUGGGCCUUGGGAUCCAGGCUGUGCUGGGCCGGUUAGCACGUCCCAAGCGGGCCGUGCCGUGUAGGGCCGCCCGCUUAUCUUCUCCCGGCAUUGCCGAGGCACGGUUCGGGCCGUACCAUGCCAAACUGUUGGGUCCAAAGAAAAGCGGCCCAUCACAGCCUGAAAGCCUGGCCUGGCCCGGCCUAAAUCCGGAAGGCCCACGUGUUGCCCGGCUCCUUCGAAUGAUCCAUAGAGACUCAAUCCACUCUCCGCUCUAUCCGGGAAACCUUACCGCCGAAGAGCACAUGAGUCGCCUAUAUAACUACACAAUUCUUCGAACGCAAACGAUUGAGUCGAGAAUGUCGUCUCCGGCAAUCAACUACAACACAACGCGCGUCCAACCUCGUGUGGAAUUCAUUUCCGGCCUUUACGUUCUGGAGAUUGGAAUCGGUACCCGACGACAUGCGCGAGAGCACGGACAAGCCCGGUACUUGAUGAUGGACACCUCCAGCGGCCUCGUGUGGCUACAAUGCUUACCGUGCACCCAUUGCUGGAGCCCUCAUCACUUGGUUUUCGACCCGAGAAGCUCACAGAGCUUUGCCCCGAUUCCGUGCGACCAUCCGUUAUGCGAUUUGAGGAAUCCAAGAGUGUUCCAAUGCAUUAAUCACCAGUGCCACUACACUUACAGGUACGGACAACCGGCACUAACAAGGGGAGUUCUCGCGACAGAAACACUCGCCUUAGCUUCUGACCAUGGCGGUUUCGAAUUUGUGCAUAACGUCGCCAUCGGCUGCAGCCACGACAGCCAAAACUUCCACCUUUUAGGCAUCCUUGUGUCGGGCAUUGCCGGACUUGGCAGAAGGAGCACUUCGUUUAUAAGCCAAACGAAUCGAGUGCAAACCCAUGGUAAGUUUGCGUACUGUCUCCGCAGAGAAAUCAACCGCCCGAGUGUUCUGAAAUUAGGUGAGAGUGCCGUAUUGCGCGGGCCUAACGUUAAAAGUGCUCCUAUCGCAAAUGUUCAUAGCGAGAUUGAUUAUUUCGUUACCCUUGUCGACGUGAGCAUCGCAAACCGUCGUAUUGGGUUCCCGCCAGGAACCUUUAGGGUGCGGUCGGAGCAUGGUUUACUAAAAGGCGGUUUCGUCAUCGAUUCCGGUUCAACGUACGCCAGUUUCAACACCGGUGGACCUUACGAGCGAGUCAAGAAUACCUUCGAAGAGUAUUUUCAGCGAUUCAGACUAGCUCGCCAUCACCAUCGGGACUUUGAGGAGUGUUAUAAGAUUCCGCAUGGGGGGUUCAAUGCAUAUCCCAGCAUGACGUUCCACUUUGAGAAUGGUAAUGACUUCGUAGCACCGCCGGAAAAUACAGUUGCCUUAGUAGAUCAGAGGUAUUUUUGUGUCGCGAUAGCAAAAGCCAGUACCGUUAACACCUUAGGGGCUUAUCAACAACGAAAUUAUUGGAUGUCAUUUGAUAUUCAGAGUGAGACUUUAUCGUAUGUUCCCGCAGAUUGUGGUAGUAGAGAUGCUCAAUAG